AAUCGCUGCACUUAAAAAACUAUUUUGAUAAAUCAGAUAACCUUUGUAAACUUGAAAAUUACAAAAAUAAAACAAAAUACGAUCUCUUAACGUCACAAGACUGUAAAAAAUGGCCAACUCGUUAAAAUUAUUGAAUAAAAUACCUUCAAAUUUAAGGUCCAUAUCUACAUCUUCAAGUGUAAAUGAUGCAUGGUUAUCAAAAGUAUUCGUCAGGAAAAUUGAACCUACAAAGGAAUCUCACAGUCGUAUGCUUUCAGACAAAGAAGUAAUUUACUCUUUGCAAACACACAAUUAUAGGCCUGAUUCCAAAAACCUAUAUUUAAGUAAUGUCAAAAACAAGGUGGAUUACAUAAAAUCUCAGUCUCAAUUGGGUAAAUCUGUCGAAUUGGUUGGGUCUUGGACUGUAAACGUGGGAGAUCAAGAUCAGGCAUUGCAUUUAUGGAAAUUUACAGGAGGUUAUGAUACUAUCGAUACAUACAAUGAAAUUCUAUCGAAGAGUGAUGAAUUUAACAGAUUAAACGAAGAGCAAGGGAAGAUAGUCAGAUCCAGACAUUUGCAGUAUCUACUGGCGUUUUCAUAUUGGCCACAAAUUCUAUUGAGGAAACCUAAAAACAUAUAUGAAAUAAGAAGUUACGCGUUAAAACCCGGUACAAUGAUUGAAUGGGGGAAUAACUGGGCCAGGGCUAUCAACUUUAGAAAAAAUAAUGAUGAAGCGUUCGCUGGAUUUUUCUCGCAAAUAGGGAGACUUUACAACGUCCAUCAUAUUUGGUGUUAUGAAGAUCUGAACAGCCGUAAAGAAACAAGAGAGAGUGCUUGGAGGUCGCCCGGAUGGGACGAGUGUGUUGCCUAUACGGUGCCCCUGAUUAGGGAGAUGCAUUGCAGGAUAAUGGUCCCUACCGAAUUUUCCCCCACUCAAUAAAUAAUUGACUUUUUUGCGUUAAAUUUUGCAUUUAUCUGUCAAAAUCCGCCAUUUUGUGACGUCACACGUCGAUUUUGACAUUUAAAACGUCAAGGCUUACCUAUGUUUAAAUUUUGAGUCAUAUAAUUAUUUUUAGGUGUAAAAUUGUUAAAAUGUAUCAUAUUCAACGUAUAUUUUUUGUUUUUUUGGUGAAUAAACUAUUAUUUUUAUCGAAAAUUGCAUUUUACUACUAAUAUGUUUAA